AUGACACACUACUUUGGCAUCGCGCCCAACUCAACCCUGCCUGAUGUGAAACUGUACAUCCCUGGCAUUCGUUAUGCAAAGACGGACGGGGCUAUGGCUUCGGGCUUGGGCCAGUACCUACGUCUCAAGCAGCGAGACCAGUACCAUGAUGGCUUCGCUACACGUAUUUGGCGUUUGCUUUUCAACGUGACGGAUCGCUCGCCAUCACUUCCUACAUCAACCCGGGUAUCUAUCAUGCCGACAUAA